AUGGGAUCUGAUAUUGCCGCGGAAGAAAUCGCAAAAGCUGCAAAAGCUGCAUUUGAAGAGUCUCAGUUGCUUCCCCCUGCUGUUCGAAUAGAUGCCCUCGCGAAGAUCAAACAGCAGCUGGAGGCUAACAAGGCUGAGAUACUCGCAGCAAAUAAGCAGGACAUGGAGGCGGCACAAGUCGAGGUCGAUGCAGGCAGGAUAUCAAACGCCAUGAUGAAACGUCUCGACCUCGGAAAGGGCGAUAAGUGGGAUUCCAUGCUCAAGGGCGUGCAAGAUGUCGCAGACCUUCCCGAUCCGACUGGAAUCAUCUCCUACGCUUCACGGCUCGAUGAUGAUCUCGAACUCUAUCGUGUAUCGUGUCCAAUAGGCGUUCUUCUCGUCAUUUUUGAAGCACGCCCCGAGGUUGUGGUAAAUAUUGCGGCUCUCGCGAUCAAGUCGGGCAAUGCUGCGAUCCUCAAAGGCGGAAAGGAAUCGAAUCAUACCACAUGUCUGCUUGCCAAGGCCAUUGCGCAGGGAUUGGCACAAACCUCACUUCCAAGCACAUAUAUCCAAGCCAUCCAAACAAGAGCAGAAGUUUCUGCACUACUGGAUCUUGAUCGCUACAUUGACUUGGUCAUUCCCCGCGGAAGCAACAGUCUCGUGAAGGCGAUUCAAAACAGCACGCGGAUACCAGUCAUGGGCCAUGCGGACGGACUGUGCCAUGUUUAUCUCGAUGAAUCCGCUGACCGUCAAAAAGCCAUCCGCGUGGUUGUUGACUCAAAGACGGAUUAUCCAUCAGCUUGCAAUUCCGCAGAAACUCUUAUUGUGCACACCUCUCUUCUCAACACGGUGUGGCGAGAGGUUGCACAAGCACUCUUGGCAGCAGACGUUCAUCUCUUGUGUGAUUCGCAUACCUUGUCAGCACUUGCCUCGCUUCCCAACAUCCCCGAAAAGUUUUCGAGUCAUGUCCACUCGUCUACAGAAUCUUCCUACUCUAUCGAGCACCUUGAUCUUACGAUGUCUGUCAUAGCUCUGCCUUCGAUACAUUCCGCAAUUCAAUUCAUCAACUCUCAUUCCUCCCAUCACACGGAUGCCAUCGUAACCGAGUCCGAGCCUGCAGCGUCUGCAUUCUGCAGAGGCGUGGACUCGGCAGGGACAUUUGUUAAUGCUAGCACGCGUUUUGCAGAUGGAUUCCGUUAUGGCUUCGGAACUGAAGUUGGAAUUAGUACAGGACGGAUACACGCUCGUGGGCCAGUGGGUCUUGAGGGACUUGUCAUCUACAAAUAUAUAAUGAGGAGUAAAGCGGAGAGGGGUCACAUCGUAGGAGAAUUUGGUGUAGGAGAGGGGAAGAAGAGCUUCAAGCAUGCAGCAAUUGCAGCAACCAGCGUACCAUUCUAA